AUGACAUUGGAACAAGCAUUGAUAAGUAGUUAAGUUAAAUUUGAUGAGAGUUUUGAAGUUAAAUUAUAAAGAAAAAAAGUUAAGAUACGAUUAUGUUAAUAUAAUAUAGAUAAUAGUAUAAUACUAAUAUAAGAAAGUGUUUAAAAAGAUCCAAUUCUAUAUAAGAAAGUUUCAUACAAUUUAUAGUAAUCUUUAUUUAAAUAAUUUAAUGCAAUUAGAAAGACUCCACAGAAUUAACAAUUUUAGUUUGGAACUUUAUCAAUUUUAAUGUUAAGAUAAUUUUAAAUAAGAACAAUUAAUAUUAGAAAAUUGAUAAAAAAUUUAAUGUCUAUCUACUUAAUAUCUAAGAAAAUUAAAUUAAAUUUUAAUGGAGAUUAUACAAUAAAAAUAAGAACAUAUGGACACUUAAUUAAAAUAUUCUUAAUAUAAGUUUUUUGUAUUCUUUAAGAUUUGGAAUAUUAAUAAAAUUAUUUAGAAGAAAUUAGUAUAUUGAAUUUGGAAACAUGUCUGUAAAUUAAAUUAACAAUAAAUGAUUAGUUUCCUUUUUUUCCACUUUAUUUGAGAAAUUAUUUUAUUGAAUAGACAGCUCCUUAUUUGCUUUUAAAUCCAUUAAAUUACAAUUUAGAAUUUUAAUUUAGCAAGAUAAUGCCUUUUAAUGAUGUCAAUUUAGAAUAUUGA